AUGGCGCCCGGUCCCGCCGACUCGGUCGCACAGAGGGCCUUCUCGGACGACUCAGCGCGCCACGGCGCCGUGCUCGCCCCGCGCGCCUCCGUGGACCACAAUGAGGUCACCGUGAUCCCGCCGGAGCAGCUCGCGGCCAUCGUCGCGGCGAAACUAGCCGGGCCCAGGGAGCGCAAGCAGCAACAGCAGCUGCUGCGCGCGCGCACCAUUUCCAACGCGUCCUCCUCGCAGCGCACGAUCGCGCUUUCGCGGGCGGUCUCGCUGCCGCGCGGCAAGCCGCAGCCCUCGCCCCACGCGCCGGUCGACUUUUCCGGGUUGGACGCACUCGAGGAAGACUGUUCGUCGGCGAGCCCAAGCAAAGACUACCGAAGGAGCCCCUCCAAGCCGCCCUGCGCGGCCUGCACGGGCGCCUUCGACGGCUUCAGCGACGACAUCGCGACCGCCUUGCCGUCGGACGCGUCAUCCGACGGCCGCACCUCGCUGGCGUCGCGGCCGCCGAUGUUGCAGGCACGCGCCAUCAACCACAUCAGCCGCGUGGUCACGGACGUGCGGAAGACCGCGAACUUCUACCAGCGCGUGCUCGGGUUCAAGGAGGUCGUCCGGCCCUCGUCGUUCAACUUCAACGGCGCCUGGCUGCACGGCUGCGGAGUUGGGCUGCAUUUGAUUCAGGGCAAGCCGACGGAGCGGCCUGCGGAGAUCAUUCCGAAGUCAGACCACACCAGCUUCCAGGUCGACAUGCACUUGCACCAGGUAGAAGAUAUCCUGAGUCAGCUCGACAUGCGGUACGUCAAGCAGAUCGUCCGCGAGGGAGCCUACCUCGUCACGCAGCUCUUCUUCCACGACCCGGACCGCAACAUGAUCGAGGUGUGCGACUGCGACCAGCUGCCGCUGGAGUUCAUCGCCGGUGCUGGAUGGGACGAGUCGUCGCUGGAAGAGCAGGUGCUGGGAUCGCGAAAGUUCGGCCCGUCGGGCGAUGAGCUCUCCGAGGCGACGAACCGCGCGCUUGCGUAG